AUGCGUCUGCGCGUCGCGUCGCUCUUCUCCGGCAUCGGCGGUCUCGAUCUCGGGCUCGAGCGCGCCGGACACGACGUGGUGUUGCGCGUCGAGCGCGACGCGCACUGUCGCGAGUUGCUUCGACGGCAAUACCCCGACGGCGCGCUCAUGGACGACGUCGCCGCCGUCAUGCCGCGCGAUCUCGACGGCGUCGAUCUGCUCGCCGCCGGGUUCCCGUGCAACGAUUGCUCGUUCGAAAACGCGGCGCGACCGGGUUUGGAACACGGCCGCGACACGCGUCUCGUGCGACACGUCUUUCGCCUGCUUCGCGAGAGACGCGUGGAGUGGGUGCUCCUGGAGAACGUCGUCGGGCUUUUGCGUUGGCACAGGCGGCGUCGUCGGAACGAGCGCCAGGGAGAGAACACGUCGCGGUCGCGCGAUGCGCGUGCGCGGCCGCCGGCGAUCGAUCACAUCGUCACCGAAUUCGAAAAACUCGGCUACCGCUGGGCGUAUCGCGUGGUCGAUUUGCUCGCCUUUGGCGUGCCGCACAAGCGCCGACGCGUCUUCAUCGUCGCGAGCGCGCACGGCGACCCGCGAGACGUGCUUCUGAGUCAAGACUCGCAGUGUCAAGGCCGGUGCGAGACUUUCGCGGCGCACGCGCGCGUCCACCGCCGUCGGUGUUACGACUGCUUCAACGCGCCGCCGCGCGACGCCGCGACGGUCGAAGCCGUGUCCAUCGACGUCGGCGAGAACAGACGACCGCCUCUGCGCGACAUUUGCCAGUGCUUGACGACGUCGAACGGGCGGCGGACGUGCGUGGUGACGCGCGCGGCGAACGACGCGCGCGAGACGUCGACGACGCGCGCGCUCGCCGUCGAGGACGCCGAACGCCUGAUGGGAUUCGAGCCGGGGUACACCGCGUCGUGCUACCCGAUCGCCGACGCCAACGGGCGCGCGCCGAUGAGUUUCAACGUCGACGCGCAAACGCGCAAACGGUUCGCGUUGUUGGGGCUCGCGUGCGCGGUGCCUCAGAGUGCGUGGCUCGGCGAGCGCCUGCGAAACCCGUACGCCGUCAAGUUUCCGUACGCCGCGCUGUGCGCGCCGUUCCGCCGCGCGUGUCCGGGCGGGGACGACGACGACCAGGAAGGCGCGUGGCCGCUCGCAGCGUACAACGUAUUCGAGCUCGACGACGCGGACGAGCCGAGAUGGAAAAGCCGCCGACGCGCGCCGAAGACGCUCUCGGAAUCCCCCGUCGUGCGCGCGUUCGUGCCGCUGGGUGAGUUUUUGAAGUUUCAACGUCGCGCGCGGGACGUCGAUCCCGAAACUUUGCGCACGUACGCGCGGCGACUCCGCGCGAGCGGCCACGACGACGUCGACGAGCUCGUGCGUCUCGCGUUGCUCGGCGACGAGCGACGCGAUGGCAAGCGUCGGCGGAUCGCGGCGCCGCACGUCGGUACUACCGUUCGUCGCGCCGAAUCCGUCUGGUCGUCGAGCGACGACGAACGCGAUGAUUCCCGAGACGACGAUGCGAUGCCGACGUUCGGCGCGCGCGCGUGGGUGCGGUGGCGAGGCAAACGCGGCGACGUGGCGACGCGUUGGCCGUGUCUCGUGCUCGACGCGGGCGAAGAUGGGGUGCGAGGCGUGACGACGCAUCGCCACGUGGUAUUUUUCGACGCCGCGCGUUCGCACGCGCGCGUCAGAUCGACGGAUAUCGUCGGCCGAUUUGGUGGAGACGACGACGACGGCGACAAUAUAUCAGAACGCGCGGACAUCGUCGGCGCGAUCGAGCGCGCGAGGGUGUGGAAACGCGACGAUCGAAAUCACGAGUACGACCCGAUCGCGUGGUCGUUUCGCGAACCGACGGCGUGUCUCGAGUGCGCAACGUGUCGCGAAGACGCGCCGCCCGCGGUGUCGACGCCCGAUCGCAGUCGCGGCGGCAACGACGGUGUGUUGUCGCGAAGUCUUCGAUCGAGCUUUGCGUCGGAUUCAAAAACAUCAUCAUCAUCGAAGUGUCCGCAAGCGACGGAAAUAAUUCCUCGCGCGCGCCUCGGGCACGUCGGCGCGACGCUCGCGUUGCGCCGCGGCGACGCCGUCGGACGAAGACUGCGCGUGUUUUGGCCCAUCGAAAACGCGUUUUUCGCGGGCACGAUCGCGGCGUUCGACAAACAAACGUACACGUUUCGCGUCGAUUACGACGACGGCGACGUCGAGGUGGCGUUCAAGCCGUGGAUGGAGUCGGUGUGGCCGCUGAGGGGUGAAGAUGAGUUCGCGACGUGUGGGGUGAAAACCCCUCGUGCGAUCACACCAUUCAAUCAAAACACGCCAGAAAUCUGCGAAGCACCAAAGACUCACUUUUAAACGCUUUGGUUGUGGCGUAUAACCAACGAUGGAGGAAACUUCAACAACACGUCAACUCUGCUCGCGCGUUGUUUUCUCAAAGCGCUUUGACGAAGACUAUCUCAAUGCGAAACUUGUCAGCAGUUGACAAAAAAUAGUUUACAAAGAUUUCGCGCGCGCUCGAUGACUUCCAUUUCGUCGUGCGUAGCGGCGAACUCCAAUUCAGGCCACGUCACUAGAGGCGCGCGCUUUCCCGCGUGCGCGUUAUGAUUCUUUCGUCGUUCGAUGGCGCCUUUGAAAUCCAAGUCUUCACACCCGAUGAAAUGAGAACGCGCGCAUAACAUUUCGAACAGUUUUGAAUCGUUCGCGUCCUCAAUUUUGAACCAACAUUCCGCCGCUUCGUAUCCAAGAUUUGUGUAUGUCGUCCACCACUCUAAACAUUGCACGUCGUGUCGCAAAGAGUUGAAAACGCUUAUGUUGACCUCAAAAUCGCGACGAAUGUCCUUACCAGCCAUUUCAGAGUUGAAAUUUGUAUCAAAUUGCCACUUCGUUCCUCUGCAGCUGCGUAUCACUUGGAGCGGAUGUCGAACGAUGAGGAAAGUAUUCGUGAAUACUUCGAUUGAUCUAAUGGGAAAUUGUGGUGAACUCGCCAGCCAGUUUGAGCUUCCGUUCACUCCGAAUGUCUCGUGACCUAUGUCUACGCCAACAUCGCGAAAUACUUGAGAUACAAAGCCGGUUCCUGAAUAGCCGGCUCCGGUUAUGAGAGCUGCGGACGCGAUUGCGGAUUUGUCGCCCACCCGUACCGGUUUUGAACGACGUCGGAACGACGUCUCGCUGAGAGCAUCUUCUGAGAGACAUUGGUCUAGGCAUGCGGCACAAACCGUUUCUGAUGCAGUAACAAAGAACGAAUCGUUCAAAUUAACGUACCCCGUUAGCAAUAAGGCGAGAAUAGUCGACAGAAAUCCACCGACCCUGGUAAAGCGCUCUCUGACUUUGACGAGCGAAUACUCGUCACGAGUGACUCGAACUUCACACGCCAGCGGCGAUUCGAUCAUUUGAGAUCACCACACAUUGCCAUAGC